GGUCAGUCGGCUGGCAUACCAUUUACUASAGAGUAAUAUAAUGAUUCAAAGGUGCAGUGUGGGAGAUUCCAAAGGCGCCAAGCAGAAAAAGAUGAAAUUUGAACGAGAAAAACUUGUUCCUUGGUUGAUCCAAAGAGUGGACAGCGGAGAAGUCCCUGGACUGCGCUGGCUCGACAAGGAAAGGACAAAAUUCCGAAUAACGUGGAAGCACGCCGGAAAACCUGACUUUGAACAGGAUAAAGAUGCUGUUCUGUUCCGUAUGUGGGCAGAACACACUGGAAAAUACAAGCGUGGUGAACAACCUGAUCCGUCGACCUGGAAGACUAGAUUUAGAUGUGCUCUACGUAAAAUGCCUGACAUUGAAGAGAUUCGUGUGCCUCACAGCCUUGAUGAGAAAGAACCCUACAGAGUAUUUCGAGUGAAAUCCAAAGUUUCAAAGUCCCAGUCAAAGCCAGAGCCCACAUCGAUCUUCUCAGUACUGGACACUCCAUCCCCAUCACCAACCAAUGACGCCGCUGAGGGGUCAUCAAGUUUUUCAUCCCUGCCUGCCGCCAGUAAUCGAUACAUGGAACAUUCCUGUAUCCCUGCUGUUGAUGUGUUUGCGUUCCCUUCACCUAACAGCAGCCACACGUCAAGCCCCACUCAUGCUUCAGACAUUAGCAACGGUUCCAGUGUAUUUUCGGAUGACGAAGAUAACAUCGACAACAUUACCCCUACCCUACCCCCCUUGGCGGCUCAGCAAUACCAACCCAAUGACUUCCGCAUGACAAACAAUGGGUUUGGAAGUAGUUUUAGUUGUACUAACCCCAGUCUUGGUUAUUAUCCAAUGGCGAACGGAAGCUACAGCCAAUCGCUUUUGAAUUUUACUGAGAUACAAAAAAGUGGGGGUAUUGGAUACGGUGGGGGAGGUAGUGCGGCUGGAAUGUACCAAGGGAUACGUUACAGUGGCAUGGAGAGCCUGGCUCAAAGUUCUGACUUCACAACUAGCAAUAAUGACGGUCUUAAUACCAGUUCUCAGAUGGGUCUGUUUUUGAAGAUGUUGCAUGCCGCAGCAACGUCCAUGGAAAAUGAUGGACUCGAAUAUGAGCUAGCAGAAAACACAUCCCCAGUAGAAAAUUCAAUGAGCCAUGGUUUCCAACAAAUGGGUGGACAGGUAAAACAGCCACCAGUCACUCCACCGUCUUCAUACUCCGAAAAAAUGGUCGUGAAUGACAUGUGCAAGAUAGAAAACCCUGAAUGCCACCUUUUUGCUCGCGUCUUUUACGAACAAAGAGAAGUUGCAACAUUUAACUUAGACAAGCAAAAAUCAGCAUGGAGACUAUUCUAUGGAAAACAAGACCCUGCAAACGAAGGCCAUACAGUUGCAGAAGUUUAUAGCCAUCUGUACGGGACAUGCGAUAUCGAGCAGAUCCAGUUGCCUGAUGUACGAUGUUCUAACGACACUCAUCGAGUACUGGCAAACUUUAACCGUGGUCUGGCGUUAGAGAUGGGUAAUGAUGGUGAUAUAUGGGCUACAAGGAAAAGUAUGACAAAGGUUUUCUUCUCCAGUGAAUCAAGACAAGCCACCAAAAUGGUUCGUGACGUCAAAACCAAAGUAUUUGACUUCAGCGAGUUUCAACAAACAUUACAGCAAAGUCACAAGGGUACCUGUGCUCCACCGUGCUGUGACGUCACAUUCACACUAGGUUGGCCAAACGGGCUUAUAGUAUGCAUAGCCAUCACGCAUGCGCAAGCCAAGCAGAUGCUGCUGAACAAGAUGAACUGCGUGCAAACUAUCGCUGACCUAACUAAUGAGCAAAUAGUUUUUGACUUUGCGGGUCAAUUUAUGCUUAAUGGGACGGUUCUACUUGACAAUAGCGAUCCGAUGUCGGUAAAGAUUUCAUAAAAUAUAUCUGUAGCUAUAUCUGGCGAUGUAUUUUACUUUAAACAUUAGAGUUUUGUCAAAUGCUUUUAAGGUUAAAAGAGCUAUCUGAUUCAAAUUGAAUCAACAAGGAAGCCGUACUAGCUGCUUAAUAUUUAAUCAAAUACAAUUUAUAACAUUUUUAGGUGUGUACAAAGCCAAAAGUCAUUGAAUAAUGCAAGAGUGUUGGCAUAAAGCAAACCGGAAGUGCACGUCUUCCACCAGAAAUUCAAAACACCGAAAAAAAAUCUGUCGGGUUACUCUAUUCCCUUAAACCAAAGUCAAAUUGAACCCCAGAAAUUGAGAAAUUUAAAGCACCUAGUUUCCAGAGCUUUCGAUCCAAUAAAUUUUACCGGCAUACAAAUCCUUAUAAAUAUUUGAUUUUAUAUUGUCAUUUUCCCCCUUGUCGGCAUUAGGAGCUGAAACUUCACAUUUUGUACUAAUAUCAUAGGUGAUACUUUCCAAUUUCCUGGGAGUCAUUUAUAUUGAAUGAUCAUUUUCUCAAUAUUCACUCUGCACCAUAAUAUUGCAUUGGCAUUUUGGUCCUGAUUUGGAUCAUUUAAUAUAGCGUUUAAGCUAUCCUACCGUCCAACACUAAGUUGUAUUAGUAGCUGACUGCGUGGUAACUUCAUAUACUUAGCUAUAGCCCCUUGAUUGGUUUCCCAGAGGAAUUGUUCUGAGGGACAAAACAAUAGGCCGUCAUUUUCUUAUGAAAAAAACUUCCAUUGUCUUGUCCCCCACAACACUUCCUCUCGGGAUUCAGUGCAAUGGGGUCUAUUAUGCUUCGUCUAUUACUAAGAUGUAUUGGUGACCCGGGCCGUGCUUGACAAUAUUAUACAUUAUAUAUUCCAAGUAUUGCUAAGUUGUAUUAGUAAACAUCACUGCUGAAUAAUCUUCAUCCAGAUCUUCUCCUUUCUAUAUACUAUGUUGUAUUAGUGACAUUCAUAAAGUGCGGAAUCUUGCAAUCUUCAAUUAUAUGGAGCUUUUUUCUUCUUGGCUUGGAUUAGAUUUGGUACUAAGUAUUUUGUAUUGUAAAGUGAAUGCUCUCUCGAGCGUGGUUAUA